AGGCAAAACUCUCAUGAUAGAAAGCUGGCUGUGCUGGAGAAAACCCUUUUUGUUAUAUUUUCCGUUUGCCCUUAAUCUCUUCUGAAAUCUUGUUAAGUUCUUGCAGAAUGCUAGAGAUCUGCUGGAUGCAGUUAGAAAAACCGGAGAAAUCUUCUUCUGCUUUACACCCUUCCUUUAACUUGCUUUCAGAUGGCUGAAGGCUGCCCUGUUACAGGAUGGCCCCCAAAAUGGGAAAAUCUCUGCUGUUGAUUUACAUCCAACCUCAGAGCAAGCUGGGAAGCCUCACCUGCCUUCUUUGGGAUGCUUAACCACUGAAAGGCUGUUAAAAAUUCUUCUUGCCCUGCCAAAAUGUGGAGAAAUGACACAGCCUGUUUCUCUACCCACAAACUGGGGGAAGAAUUUGGAAAAGUCCAGCUGCAGAAUCGCUGUGGAGGACCUCAUCCCCUGAUCCUGUGGAAAGUGCCUCUUUCUAUUCGGAGGACGUUUCCACAAAGUUGAACCCAGCUGUGGCAACCUGCAACCUGCAUCUCCCACCACCCAGUCCCUGCAUCUCCCAUCACCUCCCAUCCGGUAGAGGCUGAUGGGAAUUGGAAUGCCACAAUACCUGGAAAAGAAGAGAGCGGCCAUCCCUGUUUUAAAUCCAAGCUGAACAAGCUUCUUCCCUGGAAAAACAGAACAUCUGAUCUAACUCCUGGAUGGAAGUUGGCACAUUUGCAAGUGGCCUUGGUUUAUCUCAAGGCUCCUCCUCAAAAGAUGAGCGGUGCUGUUGGGAGAAUCAAAGCAUCUCUCUCUUAUCUCCGGUCACAGCUGGGGCCAAGGUUGUGACCAGGCUAUAAAGGAGCUGAACUUUCUGGGUGGCAAAACUUUUCCUGCUGCAGCUUGACAGAAGGACGACAAAAUGAGUCUUGCUCACCACCUGGUCCUGGCAGCAGCUUGUGUCUCCUUUUUAGCGGCCUCCACCAUUCGUCCCAUCCCACGCAACCUGCUACAAUUCAACAACAUGAUCAAAUGUGCCAUCCCUGGCAGUAAACCUCUGAUGGAGUAUGCGGACUACGGUUGCUACUGUGGUUUCGGGGGCAGCGGGACACCAGUAGAUGACUUGGACAAGGAGAAGAUGGAGAUACUGAGCGAAUUUGACACUGAGGCCCCACUCUACGUCUCCUUCUGCAGGCGAAUCUCCCCGGAGGACUUUGAAAGGGAAUCCUUGACUUACACUCGGAAAGCUUUGCGGGAGCUUUACGCCCACAUGGAACAAAAUCCAGGAAUCUGCACAUCCGUUGUGCGAAAGAGGAAGCAGCUGGACAGCGAGGAUGCUGGUUUGGUGUCCUACGUGAAGGCCAAGUUUUCCUCCGUGUUCCACCACCAUGAUUCCCUGGAAAUGGAUAACAUACAAGAGGAGGUGAAGCAGCUGAAAUGUGAGAUGCAGAGGGUGAACAACUAUGCCUUUGCUGCCAAAAGAGCAUCACAGCUACCACUGGAGAGAACAACAAGGAAGAAGAUUGCUUUGGGAAAAGCCAACCCCAGCCAGACCAAAGUUUGUGAGCCACUUGUCCCAGCCAUGCCCAAAAUCUUUGGACCUUUCCCAAACCAGGCAGAGAGAUUGGGGAGUAUGGCCAACAUGGACCUGAAACAGGCCUCAGCUGGAACGCCACCAGUCAGUCAAAAGAGCCUGGUCAACCUGCAUCCCGUACUGGUGAGACCCAGCGGUUGUCAUUCUUCACUUUGGGGUGACAACACCACCUUCAGCAGGCUGACGCCCACUCCCUUUCCAAGGACUACCGCUAAGAGCCCUGGCCCCACAGGAUCAUUCCCAAACGCCAACCAAGCUGGCGCAGCGGUUCUCAACCCUCCGACGUUGGCCAAGCCGAGGAUAAGAAAAGAAGAUCGUAAGGAGAACGACGACUCAGACCUCGAUCCUUGCUCAACAGGGCCCUGAAUGUCUCUUGGCGGAGGGGAAGAUGCUAAGCAAAUGAAAGUUCUGUGCACCACUUUUAGCCGUGUGGCGACUCCGUGGUUGAAGCGCCUCUGCGCACGAAGGGCAGGGGAGGCCCAAAGAACAGGCCCAU